AUGGCGCCGCCCACUCUGAACAUUCGUCACUUCAGCGGGAAGAACAUACAGAGUGGUGAGGUGUCUGUGGUCACGCCCUCCAUCCUCUACACUCUCUACAUCUCUAUUCAGGCAGACGCUGAAAGUGAGAGGUGGAGCACGACUGCCACACUUCCAGUGGGGCGAGAGAACAUCAGUAGGUUGAGACAAGAGUGCUACACCACAAUGAUCGGAAGACUGGCAGCUUUGAUUCUUCUUAGUGCAGCAAGUCUCAUUGAAACUUCACAUGUUUCUCAGCUGAUCUCAUUAACUGUGGUUAAACUUGGUGACAAUGUCACUUUUCACUGUAAAGUUCCUGGGAAUGAGGCUAAAUCCAUUACAUGGUAUAAACAGCCUCUUGGACAUAUGGUCCAGAUUGUUGGUCGUGUAGUUAAGAAUAAACCAACUGUUGAUGAACAAUUUAAAGACUCGCGUUUCACAAUAACAGAAGUGGCAUCUCAGUAUUUUCUCACUAUCAGGAAUGUCAGCAAAGAUGAAGAAGCAACAUAUUUCUGUGUAAAUGGAGAUAAGUAUUCAGCGACAGUUGUCAACACGACAUUCUUGACUGUAAAAGAUUGUCAUCAACAUAAAUCUGUCUAUGUGGAACAACGUCUGAAGUCUGAGCCAGUUCAGCCGGGAGGCUCACCGACUCUCCAGUGUUCACUUCUCUCCAGUAACAAAAAGAGCAAAGUUCAGUGUCCAGGUGAACAGAGUGUGUUCUGGUUCAGAGCUGGAUCACAAGGAUCUCUUCCCAGCGUCGUUUACACUCACAGUAACAGCAGUGAUGAAGAUGUGGAGAGACGUUGUGUCUAUAGUCUGUCUAAAAGCAUACAGGACUCCACUGAUGCUGGGACUUACUACUGUGCUGUGGUCACAUGCGGAGAGAUCCUGUUUGGUGAAGGAACUAAAGUGGAGACAAAAUGUCUUCACGGUUCUGCUUUGGGAGCAGAAUUAGACCCUAUUGUCCUUGUGCUUGGACUGCUGUUGGCCAGCUGUGUGACUGUGAUUGUCCUUCUUAUUGUCUACAUAAAAAAGAAGAAUGUUUGUGGACAUUACAAAGGAGAAAAUAGGGCCUCUCAUUGUCUUGGGCAUGACGUGUCAACUGUGGAUCAGUCAGAUGAUUUGCAUAUGUACUAUGCAGCAGUGGAUUUCUCAACAAGGCGAGUAAAAAUGAAGGUGGACAAGAAAAAGGAGAAGACAAGGGAGUCACAAUCAGUGUGUGUGUACUCUGCGGUUAGAUCAGGCGUCAGCCGGCAGACGCCCCCUCUGUAAGCAGAGGAGGGCGUGGGGCAGUCUUUUCAGACUUGCUCGAUUGACUUGAAUCUUUGGUCUCCAUCUGUCAUCUGUCAAGAAUCAAAUCACGGCGUGGUGUUUAGCUCAAUCAGUAGAGCACUCGCCCCAUGUGCUGAGGCUACGGUCCUCGCUGCAGGCUAGAAUCCCACACCGGGUGUCCUUUCCUGCACGUCUCUGCCUCCCCUUUUCCUGUCUAUCGUCACUGCACUUUCAAUUAAAGGCUAAAAUGCCCUAAAAAUAUAUACUUUAAGAAUCAAAUCAAGACAUCCAUAUUAGAUGUGGCGUUACGCUGGUGCUGAGGGAGAGCACAUACUGUAUGUAAAGGUGACACGUAAUUAAUGUAUCCGUGGACUCACAUUUGACAGUUUGCUCACAUGAACUACAUAUGGAGUGACUGCACGUACAAAAAUAUUAGAAUGUAAAAAUUGCAAUUGCAAAAAACAACACUUUUAAAUCCUUAACACCUGGUAUUAUUUAAAUAAUGGAAGGACUGUGUUUGGAGAGCUGUUUUGCACAUGAGCAGAUCACGUGAGCACCAACACUUUUGAAAUAGAUAGAUGUAUUUACUGUUUAGGCUUAGAAAACAUGUUGAUAUUUUGUCCCACACAUAUAACAACAAGAACAGAUUCUUCAGAAAUGUUAUUGUCAUACAUGUGCAGCCAUAUGGUGUUAGUCUGCAUAUAAGGUCCAUGCACGAUGAUACAAUAAACCUGUUUCAAACUGCA